UCAUAAUCUUGAGCGCAAUUUGGAGAAGUACUGUAGCUAGCUAGCUUUGACUGUGUGGAAUUGUAGGUGAAAACUCUCACAUGUUCUGUCCAGAUACUGCAACCCGUUACCGGGAAAGUGAACAAAUAAAUAUGUGUCUGGAUGAUUAAUAUUUUGAAGGUCCUUAUAUAAGUAGAUAUUCACAAUUUAGUCCUAUUUAUUCUGAUAAAGCAGUCUUUGGAGAAGAACAAGGUGUUGUUUUCGCCAUGGAUAUGGAACGACAGAAACGAAGGGAGGAAAUCCAGAAAGCUAUGGGCUUUAUUCAGUCCUCCUUGCCUUUCCCAGAGCCUGAGAAUUAUGCGGCUUUUUUGACCCAGUUGGUGUGUAACUUGCUGGAUGAGGGAAACACAGUGUUUCGGGAUGGGGAAUGGAGGCAGGCAGCGCAGCAUUACAGUGAGGGAGUCAACGUGGCCCGCUAUGCUCAGGCAGAGGCACUGGUCAUUCCCCCUGAGCUUCUGGAGAGCCUCUAUGUCAACAGGGCAGCGGCACACUUUCAGUUUGGGGAAUUUGAGCGGGGCGUACAGGACUGCGAUAGCGCGCUGUGCGUGUGUGAGGGCAGUCGCAGGGCGCUCUACAGGAAAGCUCUAUGUCUGAGAGAGCUGGGCCGACUCAGGGAGGCCUAUGAGUGUGGCACCGGAUGUCUGCUCACUGCCCCACACGACAGGCAGGUGGGUGAACUGGCCCAGGACCUGGCUAAUAAACUGGGCCUGAAGGUCCGUAAGGCCUACAUCAGCUCUCAGGUGGAGUCCUCAACGUCAGGGAGGGAGAGCAAUAGAGAGAAUUCUUCACCCACAGGAGAGACGUCCGCCAACGGGCUAGAAUCUUUGACUGACAUUGCAUCAGCUGAUCUGUCCAGUGCCCAGUGUAUCCCUGCCCCUCUGGCCACGCCCAUCCCUGUCAGCGACGAGCCCUCGAGCCCAGUGGCCACGCCCUGUGCUGACCUAUCAGAGAGCCCCAGUACAGUCCUACCGCCCAUGCCCUACUCCGUUCCCGUGUCGGAGCACAUGGAGGAGUGCAGCGUGAUUGCUGACGAUCUGGACAGCCUGCUGGGGGACUGCAUCUCCAAGAAAGUCAGCGAGUCACAGAGCCCAGUCCAGGGUGCUAUCCCCACCAACCUCCCCAACACAGCUGUGGGCCUGCGCCCUCCAUACUCCUCCAGCCUCCCCGCCCCCUCGCCCCAGCUACCCCCUGCCUUCUUCAGCUCCUCGGUCAGCCAGAUGCCCUCCUUGGAGCCUUACCCCUCACUGGGCCAGAGGGACCAGACCUCCACACAGGCGCUGGACGCCCUGGGGGCCUUCUCCCCGGGGACAGGGGACAUGGAGGGCAAAGGAGGGGUUGGAAUUGGAGGGCUGGACUCACUCUCUGAGUACACUUUGCCUGGGGGAAGAAUCUCUCACAGCUUCAUCCCUGGGAUCUGCAACCACAGCUCCACUCACACGAACGUCCCAGCAGGCACCAACCUCUCCCUGCUCUCCCGGAACCCACUGGCUGCCACCCACGAGUUCAGACAGGCCUGCCAUGCCUGUUACAGCCGCAUAGGUCCACGGGUGAUUGACUACCAGUACCAGCCAGAGGCGGCUCACCGCUGUAAGAGGGACGUGCUGCUGUGUCGCUUCAAAAACACAGACGACCCCACAUGGAAGAGAGUCAGGCCUCGCCCCGCUAGAAACAACUUCCUGGGGGCUUUUGUGCUCUGCAAAGAGGUCCAGGAGCGCCAGGAGUGCCAGUACGGGGAGAACUGCACGUUUGCCUACUGCCAGGAGGAAAUAGACGUGUGGACUCAGGAGAGGAAGGGGGCUCUGAGCAGGGAGCUGUUGUUUGACCCGCUGGGAAGCACCGAGAGACGGGCACUCAGCGUCACACGCCUGCUGCAGCUACACAUGGGCAUGUUCAUGUUCCUCUGUGAGGAAUGUUUUGACAGUAAGCCACGCAUUAUCAGCAAACGCAGCAAAGAGAACUUGGCUGUCUGCUCAAACCUCACCGCCCGACAUCCCUUCGACGAUAACAAGUGCCUAGUGCAUGUGGUGCGUUCGGCCAACGUGCGCUACAGUAAGGUGCGCCCGCUGCACCCCCUCUGCCAGUUUGACGUGUGUCGCCACGAGGUGCGUUACGGCUGCCAGCGCGAGGACAGCUGCUCCUUCGCCCACUCCGUCAUAGAACUCAAGUGCUGGGUACUGCAGCAGGACACAGGUAUCACCCAUGAGGAGAUGGUACAGGAGUCCAAGAGGCACUGGUACAGGCUAGAGCAAAAUGCUCAGAGACAGAAGCCUAUGCAUGUCCCACACCAGAGCUGUGGUGGGGUGGGGGGAAUAGGUGGCGGAGGGGGAGACAAUCUCGGGGGUGGAGGGGUUGGCUCCGGGGGUGGAGGAAUUGGAGGAGGGAGAGGCAGAGGGCUGAACCUGAAGAUGAAGUUUGUCUGUGGCCAGUGUUGGAGGGACGGACAGGUCAACGAACCAGACAAGGCCCUCAAGUACUGCACUGCAAAAGCAAGGCACAGCUGGACUAAGGAGCGUCGGGUAUUGCUUGUGAAAUCCUUUGAGAAGAAGAAGUGGGUCGUUGUGCGGCCGCUUCCCUUCUCCCGUACAUACCCACAGCAGUACGACAUGUGUGUCCAUGUGAUGAAGCAGAAGAAGUGCCACUACAUUGGAAAUUGUUCCUUCGCCCACAGUCUGGAGGAGAGGGACGUCUGGACGUACAUGAAGGACAACAGCUUGAGGGACAUGCAGCAGAUGUAUGACAUGUGGCUCACGAUGACCAAUCAGAACAGACGCACUGACAGAAGCCUCAUGACCCCGCCUCCGGAGGAAAAACAGGUUUCGAUGACGACCGAUUACACCGAGUCGUUGUCUGGGCAGCGGUUGUCAGAAGGAGGAGAUAUGUGAGUGUUGUCGAGCUGAGGAGGAGCUGGCCCUGGAGACGUGGAUAAGAGACCCCACUACACCAGAGACCAGCUACAGUACCUACCGCCUGUGACAUCAGUCUGAAUGCAAACACACAUACACACAACACACCUUACAGUACAACAAAUUGCUGUUGCAACAGACACCAACUCGUGUGACGUACACACACAGAAAGUCGUGUAUAAGAACAUUCACACCCAUAAUCUGAAUGGUUUGGCAGUUUACUUCAAUCUGAACCUCGGUGUAUCUCUAACACGCUGCAAAUGUCAAUGUACUUUAUAUCUGUCCAUUAUAUUACCAUUGAAGGCAAAUAUUGAAUUGCCAGCAAAAAGAAAAGGCCCAAAAGUCGCCCCUUCUAACGAAUACGGAGUGGCUGUGUGGCCGAUACCUCUUCCUGAUGACUAAACAACCGAACAAAUUAGCCUGGGAAGUUCGUUCAAAUCGCCGUAGGUUUUUUUAUUUCAGCUGUUCAGAAAUAUGAGGCAGAGACGUAGCAAAUGCGCAGAACGUGAUUCGGUUGUUUAGCUCUGGGAAUGAGGCGCCCAGGGGGGCAGAACGGGGUGGUUGGAUUCGGUCAUGCAGCCUCAACCUUAAAAAUAAGCCCCUUAUCUAUGUAGCUAGGGGCAAACGUCUACAACCAAGUCCUACCCUCCUUCCCUUGUGGAAACGUAGAAAGAGGGAGAGAGUAAUCGGACAGAAAUGGUUAGUACGCCAUUUUGUUUGUCCAUGGGAGUUGGUGCUUCAAUCUAUUCGUCUGCCAUAUUGGUAGAGUACUAUGAAUGUAAAGCCAGUCGUUAUGAGGGAGUCAUAAAAAUAAUUAUGGUUGUGGAAUGUAUUCGGAAUACCCAAGACAAAUCUUAUAUAACAUUUAAAAUGACCCCCUAUCACCCCAUUUAUUAAUAGAAAUGGCACAGUAGUCUUGGUUAUGUACUGUAAGCAAGCUAGGCAGCCCUACCUGUGGCCAGCAACGGCACGUAUACACAUAUACACUGUGUAGGCUCAGAAUGGAACAGUUUCAUAAUAUUGAAUUGGAGGGCUAUAGGGAGUGACUGCAGACUCUUCACUCGGACCCACUCAAACAACAUACUGUAUGUUUAACCGUAUGCUUAAAACCUGGAGUUUUCACAGACUAGAUGAACAAGUCUGCGUCCUCCUAGUUAUAGCCACUCUUUAACAAGGCUCCAGAUGUUAUCUGGGUCAGGUGACGUGGCUUCAUCUGGCAUAUCUACCACCAGUUGCCCUGUUAGCUCUCCAAUGUAAACCUAUGCUGAUUUAGCCAGGGAGAAAAGAUAAGCUCCAAAUCACUAAGACUGAGUACAGGGACAAUACAUGGGGUUAAGAUGCAUAUGACAGAACAUUAGGGAUUCCAAUAAGCCACAAGAAAGGGGAGGGAUAGUACAGCAGGAUGGAGCUUGAAUGGAUCCUGGAGUAUGGUGGCUUGGUGGUCAGGUGGGCGGGUCAGGGGAUGGGCACUGGACAGGUAGCUGGAUCCUGGGGUGGGUGGGCACUAGACAGGUAGCUGGAUCCUGGGGUGGGUGGGCACUGGACAGGUAGCUGGAUCCUGGGGUGGGUGGGCACUGGACAGGUAGCUGGAUCCUGGGGUGGGUGGGCACUAGACAGGUAGCUGGAUCCUGGGGUGGGUGGGCACUGGACAGGUAGCUGGAUCCUGGGGUGGGUGGGCACUGGACAGGUAGCUGGAUCCUGGGGUGGGUGGGCACUGGACAGGUAGCUGGAUCCUGGGGUGGGUGGGCACUGGACAGGUAGCUAGAUCCUGGGGUGGGUGGGCACUGGACAGGUAGCUGGAUCCUGGGGUGGGUGGGCACGGGACAGGUAGCUGGAUCCUGGGGUGGGUGGGGGGCUGACAGGCUCGGGUAUUGUGAGAGAGGGAGGGCGUUGUGGAAGCAAUGAUGAAUACAUAAAAAGUAAAUUAAAAGUAAAAUGACUAUCCAUAAUGUAGGCUAAAGAAGACUGACUAUCCAUAAUGUAGGCUGACUACCCAUAAUGUUGGCUAGUGAGACUGGUGUGUGUGUGUGUGUGUGUAUAUAUACACACACACACACACACACACACACACACACUAACAUUAAUUCACAAAAUAUAUCUAGGCAGAGACAGGUUUUUCCCAUAUGGCCAGCAUCUCGUUCCCUUAUACCCGCACCAGACAUGAUGUAAUGGAGGUAUGUCUCUAUUCAUAUACAUUAUAUAUACAUAUUUACAGAUAUUGGUAUACUACUAAAGAUAAUUGAUAACUUAGCAGUUAAGCUUAAUUAAAUAUAACCUAAAACUUGUAUUGAUUACAUAGAACCUCUUGUUAUUGAGCUAUGCUAUAUGACAUGUAUCGCUGAACUAGAUGACUAGUGAUUUUAUUGCUUCUGUGAGGGUCAUUCCAGAGAUGUCUUUAGGAGCAAGGUUGACUGAUUCUUAUGACAGGAUUUGAAUUGAAUGGUUUCAGCUAAGCCAAAAGAAAGGGGAUUGGUUGGGUUAAAUGUCAACAUGAGGGACAUGAUCAUCUCAGAACCCAGACAACGUAUGGUGUGUACUUGCCACCUGAUGAGAGAUUUGAUCAAUGUGGAAGUAAUGGGUCUGGUAGGGAAAGUGUUACUCAAUUGGAAACAGUUUUUGAUCUAAUCAGUUUUUUCUCUUGAUCAAUAAACAAUAGGAUGCUAAGGUACUCCCUUCUAUAAACAUCAGUGAUUUAACGGAUUCACCUUGAUAGUAGAGUAGGUCAAUAAAGUGUCCAAUCAGUUUUAGAGGAGUAACAAGAGGUGGGAGAGGCUUCUUCUGGAAUGACCCAGGUAUUUGCUUAACUGAGGGAACGUAUUACUACUGCUACUACUACUAUUAUGAUGAUGAUGAAUUAUGAUGAUGAUAAUGAUUGCCAUUAUGACUAUUUCUAUUCUCCUAUAUGCUAUUGAUAUACGUAUAUAUGUUAAUUGCUAUGUAUAACUCUCUUUAUAAAUGUAUCCAUGUAUGAAUAUAAUACUUUACUGUAAACAGACGUAUGUGUGUGUUAAACAGGACUGUCCAGCAGGCAGGCCAGACAGGGAAGAGUUCAUAGUUUACCUUGCUCAAACUGGUACGAAGAACAACUCGGUUCAGUUUUAACAUACUUGCUGACUGUGACCUCACUCUCUGCUUGCUGGUUACGUAACAGGAACACAAGCUAACAUAGCAUAAGUGUCCAUAGUUCACAGGGCACCCUAGAUAAUAGCAGACAGGUUACUGGACCAGGUUGUUGCUGAAGAUCUGAUUUGAUAUAGUCUUGGUUGCUUGAGGUUAGUGGAUUGUAAGGGCAGUUGAGAUUGUAUGGAAGAUAAGAUUGGUCAGUCAGUCCAAUGGAAUGUGCUAGUGACACUUUGAAUUUCCGAUAGCCAUGUAAAUCGCUAAUGAUUGUUUUCCUGACUGCUACCGAGUGAGAUUAUAUAAUCAAUAAUACUCUAUCAUUUAUUUAGUCAUUAACCCUGCUGGAACAACUCCAAGCAUACAUUGACGUCUGUAUACAUCAGUAUAGCACCUUAUUCAAUAUAUACCUAUAUAAAAGUAUACAUACCCCUAUCAUAUAAUCCUACUUUCUAUGAUACAUAUAACUAUAAUUAUACUUAGACACCUGUAUAAUUAAUUUAGAUAAAAAGCGGUUCUGGUUUUCUCUGGUUGUUUGAAAAGGUCAUAGUCUGAUUUCAUUGGUUACCUGCACAGUGCACACACCGUACUACAUAAGUCCUUGUAUCUGCUCUGUUGCUAGGUUUCAGAGGGGCCUCCUUUGUCAUCAUUACAGUGUGCUGUUACCAAAUUGGUCAGAGACAGCCCGGCAUUUUAGAAGUGCUCAAUCAACAGCCUUUGUUUUAACUGACUCCUAGUUGUAAACAAACAGUUAUCAGAAGGGUUAAUAAUAAUCUUAGGCCUUGUGCUUAGAGGGGACUGGAGGAACCGAAAAGUGGUCAGACCAGACUGUAUCCAAACCCACCAGAGAGAACUGCAUUCGAUCAUGAGACUGACUGAUUCGUCUUGCUUUAAGAAGAGGCUUUGAUCCCAAAAAGCAUACAGUCAUGUUUAUUUCUCCUGUUGUCUUUCCAAGUAGAAGGCCGAAGACAUUCUUGUAAACCUUGGUUCACUCCAUGUUCAUUAUUGCCACACACAGGCAUUCCCUGUAUUAAAAAAAGAGAGAAAUACACAUGUGAAUUGACACUCACCCAUAGCCACACUCACCCUGCCACACCCACUCAUAGCCACAAUGAGCUGAUAUUAAUUUACAUUUGCAUUCAGAGUUAUUACUGGAUUAUUUUCAACUACUUGGAAUACGAACCAGAGUUUUAAAAAGUGAAAAACAAGGCCUCUAUUUGUGUUAACUCUGUCUUUAUUUUAUCCUUUUUUUCCUCCCUGGUUGGAAGUGAAUUACGAUGACAAAUGGACCAAAUCUCUUGAAGGUGUUUAACAAUAAACAGUGUUUUAGAGA